AUGUGGAGACGCUUGAUUAUCGCGAGCCUGCUUGCUGGCAUUGCAGAAUUCUCACACGCUACGUCCAAUAGCAACAACACCGUCAACGAUUCUAAACUCCAGACUUGGUGGCACGACUCCGGCGUUAUCAACACAGAAUCACCUGUUCAGCCGGAAGCUGUACGCCAGAGCCACUUGUAUUCUGUCCAAGUUACCAACUCAGUGGACCAGACCUAUUACGACUCUUUUGUUUAUCAAACUAUCCCACGCAACGGUCAGGGCAACAUUUUGAUACCCGAUGACCUGACCUCAACAACUUCAGCAAGCGAUGGAAUCACUAUUGAGGAGACCAUCGGCAUGACAAUGUCUUGGAGUUCGUUCCUCUACUCGGCGGAUGUCUGGGUAAAGGUGCACCGCCUCGAUGGCUUCAGCAUUGUAUCUGAUAGCUUUGUCAUCAGACCGACCAAUCACAACUUUACCACCUCUGUUACGGCCGGUGAUCUCUUCAUCCAAGUACCCUUCGACGAGCAGGGCAGCAAGUUCUCGGUUGAAUUCAACGACAAUCUGUAUGAAUUCCACGAUGGGUGCAGCGACCCUACUUGUUCAUACGUCCAAGAUACCACCGCGGAAGGACCUUACUAUGUCGAAAAAUUUGACGACUCCAUGCCGUUGAUCUCUGUGGAGCCCUUGGACACUCUUCUUAUCUUCGCCAGUCCUUUCGAGGACGAGUCUCUGAUACCCGAUCAAACCUCAGCCACCUCUCUAGUUGUAUCUGAAGGUCGCAUAUCUGGCUUGAAUACAACCAAUGCCACUACUGUCAUUUUUGGUCCCGGCGUAUAUUAUGCUACUGCCACUGAUUAUCUUAACCUCAGUGCAACAGUCAGCUGGCUCUAUUUUGCUCCAGGAGCCUAUGUCAAAGGCGCCGUAGAAUAUCACACCAGCUCAUCUCUGAUCCGAGCCACUGGACAUGGUGUCUUGUCUGGUGAACAAUACGUUUAUCAAGCAGAUCCCACCUACGGAUUCCAAAACCACAAUGUGGAUUCUUCACCAUUGCGUAUGUGGAAGGGUACCAUUCCUGGCGGACAGCAAACGACGUGGAUAGUCAAUGGGCCGACAGUAAACAGUCCGCCCUUCAAUAGCAUGGAUUGGUAUGGCGGUCUGCCAGCUUGUCUUGUCACCGACUACAAACAAGUAGGCGGCUUUUUCGGACAAACGGACGGUAUGCAGGCAUAUCCCGGCAGUGUUUUUCAGAACAUCUUCUACCACACAAACGACGACACGAUAAAGGUUUAUCAUUCUGACGUCACCAUAUCAAACGUCAUAGUACAGAAAGGCUCGACGGCUCCGAUCAUCCAAUUCGGCUGGGCAUCUCGAAACAUCAGCAAUAUCAGAGUCAACGAUAUCAAUAUUAUCCACAGUCGGUGGAACAGCAAUGGUUCAAAUCCAGGCCUCAUUGGCAGCAACAACUUGUACGACCCUUCUACCACUUCCACAACUGCAGGAAACAGCAGCACGGCCGACACCUAUUCCACAGCUAGCGAUAUUGUUUUAUCCAACAUUCGAGCUGAAGGUAUUUCUGGACCAUUGAUGCGUAUCUAUGCUCUCGAAAACUUGAGCAAUAUUACCAUCUCCAAUGUCUGGAUUGAAGAGUUCGGAAGCUGCAAUGGAUUCGAGGACAUUGGUAUUUCUGAGAGCUUCAUGCCCGCUAUGACUGACGCAAGCGGCAAUAAUGUUACCGUCGAAGGGUUUGUUAUCGAGAACUUUGUUGUUGGAGAUGAAAAGGUCACUCUCGAUACGGCAAGCACGACCGGUAAUCUAUACUGGAAUGCUGCCUUCGAUGUAACCAUAACUUAA